GCCUUGGUGGUGCAGGCAGGAAAAGGUUAAGAGCCGUUUGUAUCACCUGGGAAAGCAAUUCUUUGAUUUUUCAGAGGGCGCUAACAUGCUGCAGCUCAUGGAAACAAAGGAAAGGGGAUCAAGCAGAAAAGUUGUUCUUGGAUUUUAUUCUCAGUGGCAGAACUUGUGAGGGCUGGGUAUUGAUGUCUGCUGGAAAAUACGGAGUUUGGGAUUAAAAAGAAUUUUUUUUUUUUCCUUCUUCAUUCAAAAAAUGAUCUGUGAGAUGAUUUUCUAGCCCUUGGAUCUCUCCUCUGGACUGUUUCCAGCUAGCACAUUGUCCUUCCAGAAGUGUGUUGCCCCAAAACCAAACAAGACUUCAGCAGAAGCUCUACCAAAGCCAGCUGGAGGGAGAGGAGAACUCAGCUGCUCUCACUGGUGUCAGAAAGAUGAAUUUCCUCCCGAGCUUUUCUUCCCCUCUCUGAGUUGCCUCAAGCCCCUGUUCUCACCUCUGCUGCUGAUGUCCAUAUGAUUUGGUGUGGCUGUCCUCAUAAACUGAAAAAUAUGUCCAUCCGAGGCCUGAAGAAGAAACAGCCAAAGACUUUUAAAGUCAAAAUUAUAACAGUGGAUGCUGAAAUGGAGUUCAGCUGUGAGAUGAAGUGGAAGGGAAAGGACUUGUUUGACCUGGUGUGCCGAGCCCUUGGUUUAAGGGAGACUUGGUUCUUUGGCCUGCAGUACACAAUUAAAGGAAUGUGCACCUGGCUAAAGAUGGACAAGAAGGUUUUAGAUCAAGAAAUCCCCAAAGAAGAUCCCAUUAGCUUUCAUUUUUUGGCUAAAUUCUACCCAGAGAAGGUAGAAGAGGAACUAUUACAGGAAAUUACCCAGCAUUUAUUCUUCCUUCAGGUUAAGAAACAAAUACUGGAUGAGGAAAUCUAUUGUUCACCAGAAGCAACAGUUUUACUGGCUUCUUAUGCUGUUCAGGCCAAGUAUGGUGACUACGACCCAAAUUUUCAUGAGCCAGGCUUUCUAGCCCAUGAUGAGCUUUUACCCAAAAGGGUCCUCAGGCAGUACCAGCUGACAGCAGAGAUGUGGGAAGAGAAGAUCACUGCCUGGUAUGCUGAGCACAGGGGUAUUGCCAGGGAUGAAGCUGAGAUGAACUACCUGAAAAUUGCCCAAGACUUGGAAAUGUAUGGUGUCAAUUAUUUUCCAAUUGCUCAAAAUAAAAACCACACAGAUCUCCUGCUUGGAGUUGAUGCCAAAGGUAUUCAUAUCUACAGCAUUAAUAACAGGUUCUCUCCAAACAAGUCGUUUGAGUGGAGCGCUAUCAGAAACAUUUCCUAUAGUGAGAAAGAGUUAACUAUCAAACCUCUUGACAAAAAAGCAGAAGUCUUCAAGUUCUUUUCCUCUCAACUCAAAGUGAACAAAUUGAUUUUCCAGUUGUGCAUUGGAAACCAUGACCUAUUUAUGAGGAGAAGAAAAGUGGACUCAAUAGAGAUCCAGCAAAUGAAAGCACAAGCCAAGGAAGAAAAAGCUAGAAAAAAGAUGGAGAAUCAGAGGCUGGCCAGGGAGAAGCAGCUCCGAGAAGAAGCUGAGAGAGCCAAAGAAGAGCUGGAAAGGCGUCUUUUCCAGCUGGAAGAUGAAGCCAGGCAGGCAAAUGAGGCACUGCUUCGAUCCCAGGAAGCAGCAGAGUUGCUGGCUGAGAAGGCUCAGAUUGCAGAAGAAGAGGCAAAACUGCUGGCCCAGAACGCUGCAGAAGCCGAGCAGGAGCGACAGAGGCUGGAGAUCACAGCUCUGAAAACCAAGGAGGAGAAACGCCUGAUGGAGCAGAAGAUGCGGGAGGCAGAGCUGAUCGCAGUGAAGCUGGUGAAGGAGUCUGACCGCAGAGCCAAGGAAGCAGAGCAUCUGAAACAAGACCUGCAUGAAGCCAGGGAGGCUGAACGGAAGGCGAAGCAGAAACUCUUAGACAUAACCAGGCCUAAUUGUCCUCACAUGACCAAGUACUCACAGUACUCCCCAAGUGACACCAGAGAGGCCAACUUUGACAAAGGAUCCAUAAAGCUGGAUUUGAAGGACAUCGACCUCAAGAGACUAUCCUUUGAGAUAGAGAAAGAGAGGCUCGACUACUUAGAAAAGAGCAGAAAAUUUGAAGAUCGACUGAAAGAACUGAAGUCUGAAAUCCAUGCUUUGAAGCUAGAAGAAAAACAGUCUGGGCUUUACUCCCAUUGGAAUGAAGUCCUGGGCUCCUUGGAUCGCUCCUUAGGGAACGCCCCAUCAUGGAUGAAAACCUUUGAAGCUGGAGAUUCAUUGGAUAUAAAUCUUCAAAGACCUUUCCCUACUUACUUGUUAAACACUGCAAGCAGCUGGCCUUGUACCAACAAAAUUCAGCACACAGUGCCAAUGGAAAAGUCAUCUUCUCAAGCAAAUUCAUUGGUUGCCAACAGUGUGGGCACAGAAACCAGAAAACAGAUUAUAAAGGUUCAGCAGCAUGAUUCAGAUGUCAUCUACAUUUGAAGCAUCUCAUUUCCUUGCCAUACUGGUAGGACUGGUGGCCUUCUUUUUGGCUGCUGUAGAAUGGACCUAUAUGAGGACACCUGGGCAGCUCUGUCUGGGGGACAUGGCACUGUGGUCAGAGAGGUGCCAUUCAGCCUCCAGGCAGAGACAUCAGCUGGGAGCACUGAAACUGCCCCUGUAAAACGUGACCAGUGUCUCUGGGUACAAUGGUAAACAUGCAAACCCAGAGGAGUGUUGUUUACUGCUUAUGCACUUUUGAAGAGACACUUUACACUUUGCUAAACCUUCCUCCCCCAGGUGUUUUCACACACUGACUUACCAGUGUGGUGCUGUACUGCUGGAGGAAGGAUGUGAGGCAGCAAGUGCCCAGGAGGUGUUUGGGAUGAGAAAAUUGUACACAAACUCGGUGUUUACCUACACAAUAGCAUAAUUAUGUUUUUGGUCUGGUCCAUGGGGCACGACUCCCACAGAGAUGCUCAACAUUUUAGUGUUUGCCUGCCAAAUAUUUUCCUUUUCCUCCCCAAACAUUUCUUGGAUCACUUAAUUGAUUUGCAUUUCUCUGUGAGAAAUCUCAGCUUUUAAUUCCAGAUGUAGAAGUGGACAUCUUCAAAUACCUCUCAUUCCUGGGGGAAUCCUUUAUUUGGAAUGAAAAGCUUCUGCUCUUACAGUCUCUGACUAGAUGAAGCACUUGCUGUUGCUUUUGCUGCUCGAGCAAACUUUGCAUACAUUAACUGACUUCCCAGUUCUGUGUAACACAGAAACUCCCAAAUUAGACAAAGACAAAAGAUGCUGUUGGUGUCUGCUGAAGUUGGACUUGUUUCUGAUGGAGAAAUGCAUGCAGCAAAUUGCCUCAUUGGUAAAACCCACUUGCAUUUUUCAGGUUUGCGUGUGUUUAAUUGUCUGUUCCACCAUAAAUCUUCACUCUGAGGGCUUGUGGGAAAGCAGACAAUAUGCAGCUGCAGCUAAAGUAGUAGCAUGUGACGUGAUGUAAAAAUGAAUGUUAAUGUUGCUAAAUAUCUUGUUCUAAAAGCUAAGAGUAAAAA